AGAGAGAUGGUGAGGUUGCACAUCCAUCAGACGCAAGAGCGUGGAAACAUUUCAACAAGGUACACGGAGAUUUUGCUACAAAUAUUCGGAAUGUCUAUCUUGGGUUAUGCACCGAUGGAUUUAGUCCAUUUGGAAUGUCUGGUAGACAAUAUUCUUUGUGGCCAGUCAUUCUUACGCCGUAUAAUUUACCGCCGGAUAUGUGCAUGGAACAAGAAUUUCUAUUUUUGACCAUAUUAAUCCCAGGGCCGAAGCAUCUAAAACGGUCUCUUGAUGUUUUUCUUCAACCGUUGAUAGAAGAGCUAAAGCAAUUGUGGUCAGAAGGGGUGAGGACGUACGAUUGUUCCUUGAAAAACAAUUUUACGAUGCGAGCAGUUCUGAUGUGGACGAUAAGUGAUUUCCCUGCUUAUGGGAUGUUGUCUGGCUGGACAACACAUGGAAGAUUAUCUUGUCUGUAUUGUCUUGGAUCCACGGAUGCUUUUUAACUGAAGAAUGGUAGGAAGAGUUGUUGGUUUGAUUAUCAUCGUCGGUUUCUUCCACUUGCCCAUCCUUCAUUUUUUGACGUCAUGGAGCAUCUAGUUGUCCACCUACCGUAUGAAGCAUUGCUUCGUGGACCUGUUCACAACGGAUGGAUGUAUCCAUAUGAGCGACAGAUGAAACAUUUGAAGGGGAAAGCAAGAAAUCUUGCAAAGGUAGAAGGUUCAAUAGUUGCAGGGAGUUUGACAGCCGAAACAUCUAACUUCACAUCAUACUACUUUGCUCCAACUGUUCGUACGAGAAAAAGAGUUCCUAGGAGAUAUGAUGAUGGUGGAAUACCGACAUCAUAUCCAAUUGAUGGUGUUUCUGACAUUUUCUGCGAAAUUGGACGGUUUGGUGGUAAAACGAAAGAAGUAUGGUGGUCAUGUGAAGAAGAUAAACAUAGUGCCCACACUUAUAUUCUGCUCAACUACGACGAUGUAAUGACCCGUUACUUUGAAAGGAUGUUUGUAUCUCAAGUUGAAGAAGCAAUACCAGGAAUAUCUGCAACUGAUGUGGAUACACGUAAAGAUAAGCACUUUGUCAAGUGGUUAAAAUCACAGGUAAUAUAUCUCAUACUAUUAUAUUAAUUAAGUAAGUGUUUAAGAAUAUAUAUAUGUUUUUUGCAGGUUGAUUAUGACGAUCCUUAUUAUCCCGUAUGGUUUCACGAAUUGGUUCAAGUUCCAGUUGCAAAGGUCACCACAUCACCUAUGUAUUUCACACGAGGAUUUACCUUUCACACAUACGAGUAUGGGAGACAUCGGGCAACGAGUAACUACGGAAUAUGUGUGAAAGGUGAAACAGACUUUUACGGGAUAUUGCAGGAGAUUAUUGAAGUGGAAUUUCCGGGGUUAUUGAAGCUAAAAUGCGUCCUCUUCAAAUGUGAAUGGUUCGAUCCUGUUGUGAACCGAGGGAUUCGGUAUAACAAAUUUGGUGUUGUGGAUGUCAAUUUUGGGAGAAGAUACAACAAAUUUGAGCCUUUCAUUUUAGCUUCACAAGCCGAGCAAGUUAGCUUCCUUCCUUAUCCUCGGCUUCGAACUUCCGGGAUAAACUUGGUAACUGCUAUCAAAGUUACACCUCGUGGACGCAUUGUCGUUGGAGAAGAACCGCCCUUGCAAGAAGAAGACGCUAUCACUGAAGUUGAGGUACCAGAACAACCAACUGAUGAAAUCCUUUUGAUCGACCCGCAAAAUUUUCAAUAUGAAGAUAUUCCCGAAGAUGCGACAGAUGAAGCACAUGAAGACGAGUUCGAGAGAAGCGACGAUGAUGAUUGUAAUGAUAGUGAUGAGAACGAAAACGAUUUAGAGUGAUGUAAUAGUGAUGAGAACGAAAACGAUUUAGAGUGAUGUAAUAUAUGUAUCAAAUGUUGGAUUUCUCUAUUGUAACAUUUUCUAAAAGAAAGAGUAAGAAGUAGUAUGAAAUAAGAUAU